AUGACCUCUGAGGGUGUGCCGCUCACUGAUGAGAAAAUUGCCGCUAGACUUGGCAUUACUGAGGGUGCUGCACGUGGCAGAUGGUGGGAGCUUCGGCGUAAGGUAAAGCCUUUCGAUGCCGAGUACCAGGCUGAGCGUACACUCGCCGAAGAGACAACGAAGAAGGAGAUGCUGGAGAAGCAGAAGAUUGAGGGGAAGGAGAGGAAAUUGAAAAGGGAGGAGGAGGACGAGGACGGCGAUCCUGACACUGAUGACGACGAGCAGGAUCACGGGGCUCUUUACGCAAAGGCUUGUUCUUUGGCAAAGCAGAAUAGACUGGUCUGA